AUGCCUUCCAAGAUUCAACUCGACGAAAACCUCUGGUUUCUCUACAUCUGCCUCCAAAAAUCCGAUCUGAAAUCUAUAGAUUUUACCGCCGUCGGCGCCUCGACGAAUCUCAAGCCUCCCGCCGCGCGCAUGCGCUACACGCGCCUGCGUCGGCAGAUCGAGUCCGGGACUUUGAUCGGGACGCACGGGACGCCGUUCCCCUCGGACAAGGUAGUCGAGAAGAUCGCCGAAGCGGGGAAGAAGCGAAAGCGAGUGAAUUCUGGGAAGGACGUCAAAGGCGACGAUGACGAGGAGGAGCUCAAAGGGAAGAAGAAGGAGAAGGAGAGGAAGCGGGAGAGGAGCGUGGUGAAGAGGGAGAGGGAGGAUAGCGAUGACUUUGAGAGUAGUGGUGAGAGCGUGACUGAUUUUGGAGACUCCGAGGAUGAGAUCCCGUUGGCGAAGUUGAGAAAGUCGAAGAUGAUGGCUUUGGAGACAUCGACUUCUCAGAUGGCGGGUGGGGAUGGUGGUGGCUCGGGGCUGCACGCUUCUCAACCGUCUACUGGAAACCUGGGAUGGGAGAAAGGCGAACAGUGGAAUUACAAGAAUGGGAACUUUGGGUAGAGCCAGAAACCGCAACAAUCAGUCUGAGUUGAAAAAGUAUGGAUGCUCUAGUCUCUGAAAUAUUAUGUAUCAUUUACUGAAAGUGGUUUUACUCUGCUCGCUUAGAAAAAGGGGAGAAGAGAGGGACAGGUUGGGGAAACAGCAUGAAGGAUAAGGUACGUUAAUCAAAAGCC